AUGCCAGCCUCAGUAGCCCUCGACGCUUCCAAGUUCACCUCCGGCUCGUCCGAAGAGCGGGCAGCCUACGCACGGGAUUUGCUCGUCCAACUGGGCAGCAAUGGAUACGUGCGCUUGAAGAAUCAUGGCAUCUCAUCAGAGCUGGUUGACAGCUGUUUUGGUUGGAGUAAACGCUUCUUCGACCUACCUCUCGAGGAAAAGGUCAAAACUUUAAACCCUCCCGGCCCGAAUCCCCAGCGGGGGUGGAGUACUCUUGGAGCAGAGAAAACAUCAACCCUCUACGGAAAGUUGAUGGGACACGAUGUACCCGAUGAUCUGAAGGACGCAAGAGAGCAUUUUGACUUCGGUACCCCUGGUGACGACCUGUUCCCCAGCCGUUGGCCCACCUCCUCCACACUACCCGGCUUCCAGCCCUUCCUGGAAGACUUCUUCCACCAGUGCGAGCAGGUCAGCCUCGACAUCCUACACGCGCUCGAGCUGGCCCUGGACCUGCCUCCUGCCACAUUCCGCCAGCAGUGCAUGCCCAACGCCAGCGAGUUCCGCCUGAACCACUACCCGGCCAUCUCGGCGAAAGAUCUCAACAGCGACAAGGUCGAGCGCAUCUGGCCGCACUUCGACCUCGGCGUCAUCACCCUCCUCUUCACCGACACCGUCGGCGGCCUCGAAUUCCAGGACCGCGCCAACCCGGACAAGUUCGUGCUCGUUGAUCCUGCAAACAAGACCGAGAUGGUCGUCAACAUCUCCGAGACCCUGCAGCGCUGGACCGCUGGCGCACUGCCUGCAGGCUUGCACCGCGUCACUGCUCCCAAGGCUGUGGGCGGCGAGGAUGACGAGGAUGCUGUUGUACCUGAGAGGUAUUCGAUAGCGUACUUUUGCAAGGCGGCGAGAGAAGCACGUGUUUCCCCAUUGGAACCAUUCCGCGCUGCCGAUGCUGCGGCUGAGGAAGCUGAUGGGAUGACGGCAUUGGAGUAUCAGCAGAAGCGCCUCCUGACUGCAUACUAG